CCAAAAUGAUAAUUCUCGCGCGUGUUAGCUUUUUCAUUUUUUUAAUACCUGCGAAUCAGCCCAAAAAAGUCGUUCUUUAAGGGAGGGAGUAAUAGAUAUAUUCUCACGCGUAGAGAGUCGCGUCGGCGGUGAGAUUAAACGCAGAAGAUAAAAUCCUCAACGCCGUUAAACAAUUAGCGAAGACCGCAAAUUCAAAGGACCUGAAUCAUAAAACCAAAAAAGAAUAAUAAAAAAAAAAAAGUCUGGGGAAGUUCUUCGAACUUGAAAACCAAAAACUUCAACCCGACCCAUUCAACCCUGACGAUCGAACUACCAACAUACUCCCUAAAUUAAAUUAAAAAUGGAGGGUGAAUCUUUUGGUGUUCCCACUCAUUUCUGAACAACAUCCUUUCAUCUUCCUCUUCAAAUUUCCAAAUUGAAAUUUUAAAAAAAAUUUAAAAAAUAUUGAAAAUUGAAAAAUUCCCAUAAAGUUCCGCCAUUGUUGAAUUUGAUUGGAAGCUGUUGAAUUCGAAGAAGAAAGAGAGAGUGGGUGAUGGCGGGAUGGGAUAGGAUUGAAUCGUCAUCGAGAUCGGGUUUCGGCAGGAAUUCUUCUGGGUUGGAUCGUUCUUCUUCCACUCGGACGGUUCGACUCGGUCGUGUUCAACCUCAGGCUCCUACUCAUCGCACCAUCUAUUGCAAUGACCGUGAUACCAAUUCCCUCGCCAAAUUCAAGGGGAAUUCCGUGUCAACUACAAAGUACAAUGUUCUUACCUUUUUGCCUAAAGGGUUGUUUGAACAGUUUAGACGGGUGGCCAAUUUGUACUUCCUGACAAUAUCCAUUUUAUCUUGGACACCAAUGAGUCCCGUGAGUCCAAUUACAAAUGUGGCCCCUUUAAGUAUGGUGCUUUUCAUUUCCCUUGUGAAAGAGGCAUUUGAAGAUUGGAAGCGAUUUCAGAAUGAUUUGUCCGUAAACAAUACCCUUGUAGAUGUACUACAAGGACAGAGGUGGGAACGUAUUCCUUGGAAAAGGUUGCAGGUUGGCGAUAUUGUCCGUGUUAAGCAAGAUGGGUAUUUCCCGGCAGAUAUUCUUUUUCUUGCAAGCACAAAUGCAGACGGCGUGUGUUAUGUUGAGACGUCAAAUUUGGAUGGUGAAACAAAUUUGAAGAUUCGGAAAGCUUUGGAGAAGACAUGGGAUUUCUUGACGCCUGAGAAGGCCUCUGAAUUUAAAGGUGAAGUACAGUGUGAACAACCUAAUAAUUCCUUGUAUACAUUCACUGGCAACCUCAUUAUUGAAAAGCAGACUUUACCUCUGUCGCCGAACCAGCUUUUGCUCAGAGGUUGCAGUUUGAGAAAUACUGAAUACAUUGUUGGUGCUGUGAUAUACUCUGGGCAUGAGACUAAGGUUAUGAUGAAUACUAUGAAUGUUCCUUCGAAGAGAAGUACCUUGGAAAGGAAGCUUGACAAAUUGAUUCUUGCUCUUUUUGCUACAUUAUUUAUGAUGUGCCUCAUUGGAUCUAUAGGCAGUGGUAUUUUUGUAAACCGCAAGUAUUUUUACUUGGGACUUCUUCAAGGAACUCUGGAUAGAGCCGAUGAACGUCAAUUUGAUCCAAGCAACAGAUUUUUGGUUAUGAUCUUGACAAUGUUUACAUUGAUCACCCUGUUUUCAACUAUCAUCCCUAUAUCACUUUAUGUUUCAAUUGAGGGGAUUAAGUUUAUACAGUCCCUUCAGUUUAUCAAUAAUGAUUUGAAUAUGUAUCAUGCUGAAACAAACACCCCUGCAUUGGCUAGGACAUCGAAUCUUAAUGAAGAACUUGGACAGGUAGAAUACAUAUUUACUGAUAAAACUGGGACUCUUACACAAAACUUGAUGGAAUUCUUUAAAUGUUCCAUUGGAGGUCAAAUCUAUGGAACUGGUAUAACUGAAAUAGAAAAGGGUUUGGCUGAGCGCAUUGGCACUAAACUUCCGGAGGUGCAAAAGUCAGCUAAUGCAAUUCAAGAAAAAGGGUUCAAUUUUGACGAUGUUAAGCUUAUGCGUGGUGCAUGGAGAAAUGAGCCUAAUCCUGAUCUUUGCAAGGAGUUCUUCAGGUGCCUCGCGAUUUGUCAUACAGUGCUCCCUGAAGGCGAUGAAUCUCCUGAGAAAAUUGUCUACCAAGCCGCUUCUCCUGAUGAGGCAGCUUUAGUUGUUGCAGCUAAGAAUUUUGGUUUCUUCUUCUACAGGCGUACUCCAACAACCAUAUAUGUGCGUGAGUCACAUGUUGAAAGAAUGGGUAAAAUUGAGGAUGUGCCUUAUGAAAUUUUGAACGUCCUUGAGUUUAAUAGUACACGGAAACGCCAAUCUGUUGUGUGCCGAUAUCCUGAUGGGAGACUUAUUUUGUACUGCAAGGGUGCUGAUACUGUCAUAUACGAAAGAUUAGGAGAAGGGAAUGAGGAUAUAAAGAAAUCUACCAGGGAGCAUUUGGAACAGUUUGGAUCAUCUGGGUUACGAACACUGUGUCUGGCCUAUAGAAAUAUAAGCUCAGAUGUCUAUGAGACCUGGAAUGAAAAAUUUAUUCAGGCUAAAUCUUCUUUGCGGGAUCGGGAAAGAAAGCUGGAUGAGGUGGCUGAACUUAUAGAAAAAGAUCUUAUAUUGAUUGGUUGCACCGCUAUUGAAGAUAAGCUUCAAGAAGGGGUACCUGCUUGUAUCGAGACUUUAGCAAGGGCUGGAAUCAAAUUAUGGGUGCUCACUGGGGAUAAAAUGGAAACAGCUAUAAAUAUUGCGUAUGCGUGCAGCUUGAUAAACAAUGACAUGAAACAAUUUAUUAUCAGUUCUGAAACAGAUGAAAUUAGAGAAGUUGAAGAUAGAGGUGAUCCUGUGGAAGCUGCUCGAUUUAUAAAAGAUGCUGUCCAAACACAACUAAAGAAUUGCAUUGAGGAAGCCCAACAAACUCUUCGUACUGUCGUUGGACCAAAACUAGCACUUGUAAUAGAUGGGAAGUGCCUGAUGUAUGCACUAGAUCCAAAUUUGCGAGGAACACUUCUUAAUUUGAGCUUAAAUUGUGCUUCAGUGGUCUGUUGUCGAGUUUCUCCUCUUCAGAAAGCGCAGGUAACAAGCUUGGUGAAGAAAGGUGCCAAAAAGAUUACAUUGAGUAUUGGUGAUGGAGCCAAUGAUGUUAGCAUGAUUCAGGCAGCUCAUGUUGGUGUUGGGAUUAGUGGGCUGGAAGGCAUGCAGGCUGUCAUGGCUAGUGAUUUCGCAAUUGCACAGUUUCGCUUUCUCACAGACUUGUUGCUUGUGCAUGGAAGGUGGUCGUAUAUAAGAAUCAGCAAGGUUGUAACAUAUUUCUUUUACAAAAAUCUGACAUUUACACUUACUCAAUUUUGGUUCACCCUUCAAGCUGGGUUCUCUGGUCAAAGAUAUUAUGAUGAUUGGUUUCAAGCAUUUUACAAUGUGUUUUUUACAUCCCUGCCUGUUCUAAUGCUUGGACUAUUUGACAAGGAUGUUAGUGCAUCUCUUUCAAAGAAAUAUCCUCAGCUAUACAUGGAAGGAUUGAGAAAUGCCUUUUUUGAAUGGAGAAUUGUUGCUAUUUGGACCUUCUUCUCCCUGUACCAGUCAAUUAUUUUCUUUUAUUUUGUCACCACAUCUGGUUCAAAGCCUCAAACUUCAGCUGGCAAGAUGUUUGGUUUGUGGGACAUUAGCACAAUGGCAUUCACCUGUGUCGUCGUCACUGUCAAUUUACGUCUUCUCUUGUGCUGCAAUAGUAUUACAAGGUGGCACCAUAUAAGUGUUUGGGGGAGCAUUAUAGCAUGGUUCCUUUUCAUCUUUGGUUACUCUGGUAUCAUGACUAACGGCGAUCGGCAGGAAAAUAUCUUCUUCGUCAUAUUUGUUUUAAUGAGCACUCCAUAUUUUUAUCUUGCACUAUUUCUGGUUCCUGUUGUCGCUCUUGUCGGGGACUUCCUAUACCAAGGUGUACAGAGAUGGUUUUCUCCAUAUGAUUAUCAGAUUAUACAAGAGAUUCAUCGGCAUGAACCUGAUGAUAAUCACAGGGCACAGUUUUUAGAGAUUCGGGAUCAUCUCACUGCGGAAGAGGCACGGAGCUAUGCUCUGUCCCAACUCCCUGGGCAGAGAUCAAAACAUACAGGUUUUGCCUUUGAUUCUCCUGGUUAUGAGUCAUUCUUCGCUGCUCAGGCUGGUGUGUUUGCUCCUCAUAAGCCAUGGGAUGUAGCCCGGAGAGCAACCAUGAUGAAAUCACGUGCAAAGCCACCAAAGAAAUAGUUCAUUUUCACUUUAGUCUUUUUGUACAAAGAAUCCCUUCCCCUCCAGGCGUCAUUAGGUGAUUGUGUAGAAUGUACUGCCCCUAUCUUUUAGCCCUUCUUUCUUUCCUUAUUCUCACUACGCCAAGGAUCACAUUUUUGAUGUAGCCUACAUGCAGACUUAGGUAUAAUAGUUGGUUAUGAGAGUGUAAAAUUGAUGUAAAAUUAUAUGGAUGAUUAUAGUAUACAGUCUUAUCAUUCUUUUGAUUUUGUAAUGAUACACUUCAGGCCUUCUAUGUGUACAAUUUCUAAAUUCUGAUGCUGCAAGUACAAGUAGCAUCAAAUAACUUAAAAUUUAGGGAACUCUGUUUGCCAAAUUCAGAUAUGCGAAGUAUUAAGUUUAAUA